AAAGAAGAAAAUAAAUCAAUCUCCAAAGCUCGUCUGAUUUUUCUUUCUUUGCCCUUUUUGAAUAUUCUUACCUGAUAAUUCCCAACGUGUCCUUCCGCCGGAGAGAAUAUAAAACUAUGAUUCGCAGAGAUGCUUCGGAUCUGUUUCUAGGGUUGGGUUCUUCUUCGGUGGAUGGGAUUCAGGAGCGUCGGAUCUCGCUCCUUUCAGAGAUCUAGAGUUUCGGAUUCGAGAUUUCUUGGCGAGAUGAAAACGAGGAAGGUCUUUGGGAUUUCUCUAUCUCUUAUUCUCAUCAAUAUGGCUUCUAUAAUGGAGCGUGCCGAUGAGAAUCUUCUUCCAGCUGUUUACAAAGAAGUCAGUGAAGCUUUCAGUGCUGGCCCUACUGAUCUAGGAUAUCUUACGUUCAUCCGGAACUUUGUGCAGGCAUUAUCAUCACCCUUGGCAGGUGUUCUAGUCCUUCACUAUGACCGCCCCACAAUUCUUGCAAUGGGCACCUUUUGCUGGGCCUUAUCAACAGCCGCAGUCGGUAUGAGCCUGCAAUUUCAGCAAGUCGCAUUCUGGAGGGCAGUGAACGGUUUUGGACUGGCCAUUGUGAUACCAGCACUCCAGUCUUUCAUCGCUGAUAGCUAUCUAGAUGGUGUCCGGGGGGCGGGAUUUGGUUUAUUGAACCUUGUUGGUUCCAUAGGUGGGAUAGGAGGUGGUGUUCUGGCAACGGUUAUGGCGGGGCAAGAGUUUUGGGGAAUACCAGGAUGGCGAUGUGCUUUCAUUAUGAUGGCACUAUUGAGUUCGCUGAUUGGGUUCCUUGUCUACUUGUUUGUUGUUGACCCAAGAAAAAUGCUUCACGGGACUGGCGAGAGCUCUGAAAGGACUGAUUUGGUUGAAAAGAGCACUGCCAUUUCACCAUCGAAGUGGAGAGAUUCCUGGAUAGCCAUGAAAGCUGUGAUGAAAGUGCAAACAUUUCAGAUCAUAGUCUUGCAGGGCAUUGUCGGCUCGCUGCCAUGGACGGCCAUGGUGUUCUUCACAAUGUGGUUUGAACUAAUUGGCUUUGAUCAUAACAGCACAGCUGCCCUUCUCAGCCUUUUCGCAAUUGGAUGUGCUAUGGGGUCCCUCUUGGGCGGAUUAAUAGCAGACCGGAUGUCACGCAUCUACCCACAGGGUGGCCGCAUUAUGUGUGCUCAAUUCAGUGCCUUCAUGGGCAUCCCUUUCUCAUGGUUCCUUCUCACAGUGAUCCCGCAGUCAGUGAAUAGCUGGUUCAUCUUCGCCACUACCCUCUUACUCAUGGGCCUUACAAUUAGCUGGUGUGCUACUUGCGCAAACAAUCCCAUGUUUGCUGAAGUCGUGCCACCCAGGCACCGGACCAUGAUAUAUGCCUUCGAUCGUGCUUUUGAAGGAUCCUUCUCCUCAUUUGCUGCCCCCAUCGUCGGAAUCCUCUCAGAGAAGAUCUACGGUUACAACCCGAAGACAGCAAAUUUGGCUACUGGAUCUGCACGGGAAGCUUUUGCUCUGUCAAGGGGCCUUCUGUCGAUGAUGAUAGUUCCUUUUGGUUUGUGCUGCCUGUUUUACAGCCCAUUGUAUCUUACUUUUAAGCGAGACCGUGAGAAUGCCAGAAUCAUUAGUUCAAAAGAGCAAGAAAUGACAUGAAAGUGCUUCCUACUGAAAGUAACCUUCA